AUGAUCUCAUUGCGUCACGCGAUCUCGUGCCUUCUCCUCGCCGCAGCGACACCCGCCUCCGCCCGAUACCGCGUGCGACUGCGGACGCCUCUCGGCAUCGCGUUUGAGGAGGUGGAGCCGGGCAAGGCUUGCGGUGUCGUCGUCGCGGACCUCGUGGAUGGAGGCAACGCCGAACACGACGGUCGGAUCUGGGUGGGCGACCGGCUGCUGAGCACGAGCGCGGUGGUGCUGGGCGGCGACAGCGCGUUGCUGACGGUCGGUGGUGGGCGGCAGUUCACAAACUGGAAGCGAGAGCUGAUUCCCGCGACGGCGAUGGGCUUCGAGGAGAUAAUGGCCGCCAUCGGGUCCAACUCGGGCCGCUUCGGCUACGUCGACUGCCUGCUCGAGCUCGCGCGGACUGACUCGUCGGGCGCGAAAAAGAAAAACUCGCCCGCGGUUUGGCAGACCCUCCAUUACUCCAUCAUGACCAACGAGUUGAGCGCAAUGCGUGUUGAGCACACGCUCACGACGAGUUAG